AGACCACUUGACAAAUUAAGUGAAAACAAACUGUUUGAAAUGGCGUCAGUCACAGUUCGUGGCUGCGCGCUUUGCACCGCGGCAUUGCUGAACUUUGCGUUUGUUUUCAUAUCUGGCGCAGAUUUUAUUCGGUUUAUAUCAUUUCGAGUCAUUUAUCACAACAUCACGGGAGAGACGACACUGUGUGAAGACUCCAUACCGUGGUCAGCGGCCCUGCAGGACAGCACUGUCCUUAAGUCUUUAGUUGUGGAUGUUGCUCUGCUGGCUCUCUUCACUUUGCAGCAUAGUCUGCUUGCAUGGGCUCCGGUCAAACAGGCCUGCCAGUCAGUCCUCGGGUCCCUGAACAGGAUGACAUACUGCUUCACCACUGCACUGGCUCUGCAGAUCCUAAUGAAUUACUGGCAGCCUGUAUCUGGCGCCCCCUGUCUGUGGUCAGUACGUCAUGCACCAUGGAGUGUCUGGUUCCCUCUGCUGUGCUUUGUUGUGCACUUCUUCUGCUGGGCCAUCAUCUGCAGCAUCCUCCUGAUGUUUGACUACCCAGAACUGCUGGGCAUCAAGCAGGUGUAUUACAAGUGUUUAGGUCUGGGGGAGCCCCUGUCCCAUAAGUCACCCCAGGCACAACGCUUCCUGUCUCACUUUCGCCACCCAGUGUGCCUGGAGCUUGGUGUGGUUUUGUGGCUCCUGCCGGCUUUAUCCCUGGACAGGCUGCUCCUGGCAUUAACCAUGUCAGCCUACCUGACGCUGGCACACUCGCUGGACAAACAGGAUUUAGCUUUCCUCUGCAACCAGCUUAGCAGCAAGGUGCAGGUCUUUAACGAGCCGCACCGGGCCACAGCCGCAACCCCCAACCGGGACAGUAACCACAAGGAGGAGUGAAAGUGAAAUUCCUAAGUCAAAAUGAUGUUCUACCACCGACUGUUCUGCAGGAAGAACCUUAGAGCUUGAGGAACAAGUCACUACUUUUCAUUUCAGCUGAGGGCUACGCUUUUUUACAUAAUUUUAUAAAAGGAGACUGUCGUUACACAUAAUAUGGACGUGAGUGUUUAUAAAUGGUGAUGGGAUCUUAAAGGGGAUUGGUGUUAUUAAUACAGGGCUGUCCAAACUGAAUACAGGGCUGCAUACUGAAAAAUCAAAGGGUCUCAGGCCGAUUUUGAUAUUUUAAAUAUUAUAAACAGCAAAAAAACAAUCCAAUGUAGAUAUGCUAAAAAGUCAUAUAUGCACUGCUAGGUGUCCAUUAGUAAUCAGUUCCAAGUUUUCCCAUAGGAAAUAUUGUACAUUAUAUCCAAAUAAUCUGUUCCAGACACUCAAAAAUAUGAACCAAAAAUACAUUUUAUAGAGAAUAAUUAUACUUUUACAUGCAGAAAACUGUGAAAUACAGUUAUACCCUCGCCACUUCACACUUUCAAUUUCACGGCUUCACUAUCAUGUUUAAAAAAAAAAAAUCUGUUAUUAAAUCAUGGUGUUGAAUACUGCCAGUCGGCAGUAGUACAGCAAAAUUAGAGCUACGUAUGUCUUUCCUUACCUAUUCUUCCCUGUUCUUGGGACCGCAUUGCUAUCGGAGAAGUCAAUGAUCACACAAUUUAAAAUGUUUUCAAAUUGUAUAAAAAAACAAGACCAAUAUAUUUGGUUACAGCGCUGGACUCCAGCAUCAACGAGGAAGAUUGAUGAAGAGCACAGAAUGAUGGGUCUGCACAGGGCAUAUAAAGCAAUUUCCGCACCCUUCUAAAAGGUGAAAGUUAAGUUUGUGUGAAAGUGAGAACAACGCAUCUUUUGCGUGUCCGCCUUUCCCCCCAGUAUUUUUCCAUCAGUCAUAUUAAAGUGUUGCACAACUCUGAUUGUGCUAUGUAAGUGUGUGUCAAGAAGGCUUUUUAUGAGAUACGAUGAUUUUAGUUUGUGUAAUAAUAAUAUCUAACAUCUAAAAGUGAAAUAAAAAUAUCUAACAGCUGUAUACAGUGGCGGAGCCGGACAUUUUUCAUUGGUGUGGCCAAGGUGAGACCAUUACUCACAUAGUGGUGGCAAUAAGUUGAUACCUGAAUUGUCUAGAUGGCAAGCGGGGUGUCCGGAGAGUGACCAGGGACUGGCCACCCCGUAGCUCCGCCACUGCUUUUGGAUCAUCUAUUAGGGCAAUUAAAAGCUGAGCAGUGUGCUGAGGACAUGUUUUCAAUGCAUAGUUUCUGGAUUCUUCUCCCCAUCAUGGCGGCCAAACAUGCGCAGGGCAUAAUACGGAAGCAGAUGCCCAUUGGCAGUCCUGUUUUAACUCUAGACUCCUUGGUUUACAUGCCCACUCAUGCUGCUACAGAGAGCGUCCAUUAUUAACAGAUUUAUGUGCUGAAUCACGCUUCUGAAUUUAAGUCAAAGUCAACAUAGUGAGAAAACUUGACCGGAAGUGACCAAAGUAAUCAUGGAAAACUUACCUACCGCUUUCAGUUCAUGCAAAUUCACAGCUCCUCCGCAUGGAAAGUUGUGUGCUGCAAUGAAAUGUGUCCAAGCGGAAACGGUGGUUAGGCUGAACUAAUGUUCUGCACCACAGAGACGCAUUUGUUAGAAUUGUCCCCCAGGCGUGGGUGUGGCCACUGGGGUGGCCGGAGAGUGACCAAGGGUGGCCAUGGCCACUCCCGGCCACCAUGUAGCUCCGCCACUGACUGUAUAUCUUACGGUAAGACGCACUUCACAUUACAAUGCGGCCAACACGGCUUAGCAACUUCUUCUCUGUUUGUCUGACUUUAUAUCAAGCAGGCAAACACCACUGCCCCCUGUAGCCCAACCCUUUAAUCACAGCUCUGAACCAUACGCAAUACUCCCGUUGCUACAAUAUCAUAAAAACAGAACAAUAUGAACGAAAACAUGCACAAAUGAAGGAAAACAAACCAACUGUUUCAAAUUCCCCUUAAAUCUCUGGCCAAAGACACAAGUAAAUGUGCGAGAAAUAGUUUUGCCUUUUGGACACCCCUGUUUUAAUAACUGGUUUACAACCGCAGCUGCCUAAAGCCGUUUUGUAACAAUCUAAUGACAUUCGGUCAGAAUUAUAGUAGUGUAAUGUCUUUAUUGCUUUUUCAAUUCCUAUCUAAUAAAUGCAACUUUGCUGUCGUUGUGUUUGCGGGCGUCAAUUACUUUCAGUGUAUCAGUAGAGCGUGAAACUACAGCGGAACCUUGGUUAGUGUCCACCUUGGUGAGCGUGUUUUUCAGUUAAUGUCGAAAGUUUACUUCAAAAUUUUGCCUCAGUUGACGUGCAUUUUCUGGUUGGCAUACAAUACGGCACGCGUCUUGCUAAUACACUGUGGGAGCCCAGCUGUGUUCUUAAAUUAUUAUUUUUUUAAAUCACAAAACAUCCUUAGCAAAGUGAUUGGUGUGCAAAUGGUUAAAAAUUCACAGAU